GAGAAGCCUGAGGCUGUUGUACUGAGACUUGACCAAGAGUACAUGUUUCGAGUCUCGCCUUGGAUCAACUACACACCCUCAGGCAGCCCAAACAGCAGAGAGCUAUCUAACAAUAACCCUGCAAACAUGGACGAUGAUGUAGAUAUGGAUGCUCCUGAAAUUUCAACUCUUCGAGAGGAAAACACGCCCCCGCCAAUUCGAACCUCCAAAUUUCGCGUGAAACUACUGGUCAAAGACAACAAAAAGGGUUCAUCAAUAUCCUCGAACCGGUCCUCUCGUAAACAGCCAGCUGGACCGACACCAGGGCGGAGCGAGGAUGAUGCAGAGGAUGAAGACGAAGAGGACCAGCUGAUUGACGACGACGACGACGACAUUCAGCCAUCCACGUCUAUUUCAGCUGUCACCAUCGCACCACCGCCUCAAGCUAAACUUUCAGCUAGAGGAAAGGUGGCUCAGAAAAGGAAAUCACGCAAUGUGAAAGGGGAGCCAGAGAAGAAGGUUCGAGAUAAGCAAGCGGAAUCUAACGUAGCAGAAGAAGCGGAUAACUGGGAUGCUCAGAGUGGAAGCAUUAUCGUCUCCGAACCGCCUGCCUCGAAGGCUCCCGCAAAGAAGAAAGCUGCUCCUCGGAAGACUCCAGGUACCGUUCAGCGGUCAAAGGGCAAAGCAUCCUCAAAAGUUGCAAAAGCCACGCCUGCGCUCCCUGUUGAAGAUGUAGCGGCGAUGAGUGAAACUUAUACGGGUACAGCCCCAUCAUCACCUGUUCCGCAGGAGAAAGCUUCUCCGGAACCAGAAGUCGCUUUACCAGUCAAUACUGCAGCUCCAUCUGCUGGAGAGCAAAACCUCGAGGCUGUUCCCCUCCCUAUAUAUCCCCUGCCAUCAAAACCAUUCCCAGUUCAACCUCCUCCAAAAAUUGGUACAGGCUUUGCACCAGUCGUACCACUUGACAGGAGUGGUAAUAAAGUGCGUCACUGGCGCACAGCCAACCGCGAAAUCCGAGGGAUAGCUGGUGGUCGCUGGUUUGCACGCUCUUGGGUUGGCGACAAAGAAUCAGAAUUUUCACUCGCCACGGCCUCCAAUACCGCAGUCUUGAAAGCUUCCCAAUUGGAUGGUGAUAAGGGAUUGUCAUCGGCAUCCAUUUCGAAGAUGUCUGCUAUGUCCAUAUCUGCACCGCCAUCAGGAAAAGGAAGUGGGAGGAGCAAGGUCUCCAAGGCCCUGUCAGCAGCGUCUGUAGGUCCUUCGCGCGCAGGUUCUAUUGUCCCCGACAGUCAUGCCAACGCUGGCACUGCAAGUGUGCGAGCUCCAACGAAGAUGCGCACAAUAGUAGCUGCCCCUACAUCUGAUAUAGAUGUUGACUCUGACGCAGCUGCACAAGGUUCUUAGAGUGUUUGUACUCCUUGCAUUAGAUUAUUCUACUUUUUGUAUCUUUCUUGCAUUCGUUGUACAAUAUCGCUUUCAAGUUAAUAGAGCUGCUGAUGAAUGGCUGCGUGGUAAAUU